GCAUACUUCCGACAGGGUGUGGCCCUUCAGUAUCUCGGACGUCAUGCGGAUGCGCUGGCAGCGUUUGCAUCGGGACUGGCUCAGGAUCCCAAGAGUCUUCAGCUUCUGGUUGGCAUGGUCGAGGCCGCCAUGAAGUCCCCCAUGCGAGAGUCCCUGGAGCCCACCUACCAACAACUGCAGAAGAUGAAGCUGGACAAGAGCCCCUUUGUGGUGGUGUCUGUGAUCGGCCAGGAACUUCUGACCGCGGGCCACCAUGGGGCCUCCGUGGUGGUGCUCGAGGCUGCCCUGAAGAUCGGCACUUGCAGCCUGAAGCUGCGGGGAUCGGUGUUCUCUGCACUGAGCAGUGCGUACUGGUCCCUGGGGAACACAGAGAAAAGCACUGGAUACAUGCAGCAGGACUUGGACGUAGCCAAGACUUUAGGUGAGAGGACGGGAGAAUACCGAGCUCAUGGAAAUCUGGGUUCCGCAUUCUUCUCCAAAGGAAAUUACCGGGAGGCCCUUACUAACCACAGACAUCAGCUGGUGCUCGCCAUGAAACUCAAGGACAGAGAGGCAGCGUCCUCAGCACUGAGCAGCCUGGGCCACGUGUACACAGCCAUUGGGGACUACCCGAAUGCCCUGGCUAGCCACAAGCAGUGUGUCCUCCUUGCCAAGCAGUCCAAAGAUGAGCUCUCUGAGGCGCGGGAGCUGGGCAACAUGGGAGCAGUGUACAUCGCGAUGGGGGAUUUUGAAAAUGCGGUGCAGUGCCAUGAACAACAUCUGAAGAUCGCCAAGGAACUGGGGAACAAGCGGGAGGAAGCUCGAGCCUACAGCAACCUGGGCAGUGCUUACCACUACCGGAGAAACUUCGACAAAGCCAUGUCCUACCACAACUAUGUUCUGGAGCUGGCCCAGGAGCUGGCUGAGAAGGCCAUUGAGAUGCGAGCUUAUGCUGGCUUGGGCCACGCAGCUAGAUGUAUGCAGGACCUGGAGAGAGCUAAGCAGUACCAUGAGGAACAGUUGCACAUUGCUGAGAGCCUGCAGGACCGAGCUGCUGAAGGCAGAGCAUCCUCCAAUCUAGGAAUCAUUCACCAGAUGAAAGGUGACUACGACACUGCGCUGCGGCUGCACAAGACACAUCUGUCCAUAGCUCAGGAGCUCAGCGACUACGCGGCCCAGGGCCGGGCCUACGGCAACAUGGGCAACGCUUACAACGCCCUCGGCAUGUACGACCAGGCUGUCAAGUACCAUCGGCAGGAGCUGCAGAUUUCCAUGGAAGUCAAUGACCGUGCCUCUCAGGCAUCGACCCACGGGAACUUAGCGGUUGCCUAUCAAGCGCUGGGUGCCCACGACCGUGCUCUGCAGCACUACCAGAAUCAUCUCAACAUUGCCCGGGAGCUGCGGGACAUCCAGAGCGAAGCACGGGCCCUCAGCAAUCUGGGCAACUUCCACUGCUCCCGAGGAGAGUACGUGCAGGCAGCCCCUUACUACGAGCAGUACCUGCGCCUGUCCCCAGAGCUGCAGGACAUGGAAGGGGAGGGGAAGGUCUGCCAUAACCUUGGCUACGCCCACUACUGCCUUGGCAACUACGAGGAAGCUGUUAAGUACUACGAGCAGGAUCUUGCCUUAGCAAAGGAUCUUCAUGACAAGCUGAGCCAAGCCAAAGCCUAUUGCAACCUGGGCCUGGCCUUCAAAGCCUUGAUGGACUUCAGCAAAGCAGAGGAGUGUCAAAAGUACCUGUUGUCCCUGGCACAGUCUCUGAACAAUUCCCAGGCCAAAUUCCGAGCUCUGGGGAACUUGGGGGAUAUUUUUGUCUGUAAAAAAGACGUAAAUGGUGCAAUAAAACUUUAUGAGCAGCAGUUGAACUUAGCCCAUCACGUUAAAGACAGGAGACUGGAGGCCAGUGCCUAUGCAGCCUUGGGCUCUGCAUACAGGAUGAUACAGAAGUGUGACAAGGCUUUGGGUUACCACACGCAGGAGCUGGAGGUGUACCAGGAGCUGGGAGACAUGCCGGGUGAAUGCAGAGCACACGGUCACCUCGCUGCGGUGUAUAUGUCACUUGGGAAGUACACCAUGGCCUUCAAGUGUUACGAAGAACAGCUGGAGCUUGGGCAGAAGUUGAAGGACCCCAGCAUAGAAGCACAGGUCUACGGUAACAUGGGCAUCACCAAGAUGAACAUGAAUGUCAUGGAGGAAGCUAUUGGCUACUUCGAACAGCAGCUGGCCAUGCUGCAGCAGCUCAGCGGAAAUGAGGCUGUUUUAGAUCGGGGCCGAGCAUACGGGAACCUGGGAGACUGUUACGAGGCUCUGGGAGAUUUUGAGGAAGCUAUAAAGUAUUAUGAGCAGUACCUGUCUGUGGCUCAAAGCUUGAACCGUAUGCAGGAUCAGGCAAAGGCCUACCGGGGCUUGGGCAACGGGCACAGGGCUAUGGGGAGUUUGCAGCAGGCUCUGGUGUGCUUUGAGAAGAGGCUUGUGGUGGCACAUGAGCUGGGGGAGGCAUUUAACAAAGCCCAGGCCUAUGGGGAGCUGGGGAGCCUGCACAGCCAGCUGGGGAACUACGAACAAGCCAUUUCUUGCCUGGAGCGCCAGCUGAACAUUGCUCGAGAGAUGAAGGACCGCGCUCUGGAGAGCGACGCUGCCUGCGGCCUCGGUGGGGUCUACCAGCAGAUGGGAGAGUACGACACAGCCCUGCAGUAUCACCAGCUGGACCUGCAGAUUGCGGAGGAGACCAACAACCCCACUUGCCAAGGCCGGGCCUACGGGAACCUGGGCCUGACCUACGAGUCCCUGGGCACCUACGAGAGGGCGGUGGUUUAUCAGGAGCAGCACCUCAGCAUUGCAGCACAGAUGAACGACCUUGUAGCCAAAACUGUGUCUUACAGCAGCCUGGGGAGGACUCAUCACGCCUUGCAGAACUACUCUCAGGCUGUGAUGUACCUGCAGGAAGGCCUGAGGCUGGCAGAGCAGCUGGGACGCAGAGAAGAUGAAGCCAAAAUCCGCCACGGCCUCGGCCUCUCCCUCUGGGCGAGUGGGAACCUCGAGGAGUCUCAGCACCAGCUGUACCGGGCCUCGGCGCUGUUUGAAACCAUCCGCCACGAGGUGCAGCUGAGCAUAGAUUACAAGCUGUCCCUCUUCGACCUGCAGACAUCCUCCUACCAGGCCCUGCAGCGAGUGCUGGUCAGUCUCGGUCACCAUGAUGAAGCUUUGGCAGUAGCAGAGAGAGGACGAACAAGGGCAUUUGCUGACCUGCUCGUGGAACGCCAGACUGGGCAGCAGGACUCUGACCCCUAUUCUCCAGUGACCAUUGACCAGGUCCUGGAGACAGUGAAUGGCCAGAGGGGACUUGUUCUGUACUACUCGCUGGCUGCUGGUUAUCUGUACAGCUGGCUGCUGGCUCCUGGGGCAGGAAUCCUGAAAUUUCAUGAGUACUAUCUGGGUGAUAGCCUGACAGAAAAUGCCGGGGAUUUCCAUGAAGCCAACAGUGUGACCCUGCAAACAAUAACAAACUCCGCGCUGGAGCAGUACAUCUCAAGUGUGCGGGAGGCUCUGGGUGUGGAUUCCUACUAUACCCGAGCCUGUGCCAGUAGCGAGACUGAGAGUGAAGCUGGGGAUAUCAUGGACCAGCAGUUUGAGGAGAUGAAUAACAAACUGAACUCAAUGACUGAUCCAACUGGCUUCCUGAGGAUGGACAGCAGGAACAACCUCUUGAACAGGAGCUGUCAGAGUAUGACCAGUCUGUUCAGCAGUGCCGUGUCUCCUGUGAAGGAUGGAACAUCAUCUCUUCCUAGGAGGCAGACUUCCUUCACCAAACCCCCACUCCGUGCACUCUACGACUUAUUGAUAGGACCUAUGGAAGGA